AUGGCUUCUAAGUUCCCAGGAGAGAAAGAUGAAAAGGUCGAGCUACGCACUAGAAAAGGUCAUGACAUGACAUGGUCAUGUGACAUACACGGUGAGUCAAUCAAAUUUUACUGUAAAGAACACGAGAUCCCUCUUUGUCAUCCAUGUGCGACCAAAGAUCAUCAGAAACCAUGUCAUCUGGAAAAUAUUGAAGAUGUCAUUUUGGAGAGAAGGAGAAAACUGGAUGUCAAGCAGCCAGAGAUAGAGGAAAUGAAGAAACAACAGAAAGCGCUUGACUAUAAACUAGAGUCCAUUGCAGCCUCUGCGAGUAACCAUUUGCAAUCAGUCAACGAUGACCUUCAGACGGCAUUCGAAAACAAGUUAAAGAGUGUGAAAGAAAAGGAAGAACGAGCGAUUCGUUCGAUCAACGAAGAGGCGGAUGAAGAAAUACAAAUCAUUAACGAAAAGAGGGAAGGACGGAUCAAAUCAUGUCACGAAGAAGCAGAACAGCAACAAUUAAUUCUCAAAGAAAGCCAAGCAAAAGUCGAGUCAGAUACAAAAACAAUCAGCGAGGUGAUUCCUAAAAAGAUAAAAUAUCUCAAAAAUAAGAAUCAGCACGCAAUCAGCACAUUGGAUAAAAUCGAUUCCAAGAUCAAAAGAAUCACACAAGAGGACAAAACAUUAGUGAAUGAAACUCCUCAAGUACUUGAAUCCCUAGAUGAACAUUUAAGUUUGAAUGUUCAUCAAGAUGUUAGCGACUGUCUUGAACGAAUACAGAGUGAAGUUCUUAGAGUGAAGUUUGUCGAGGGUGAAGUAGGUGGGGAACACUACGGGAGAAUUGAUGGCUAUAUCAGUAAAUGGGAGCUUGUCAAGUCAAUCCGCAUUCCACCGAUUGUUGAUUACCCUCGGAUGUGUGGCUUGAUCAGUGAUAAUGAGAUAUGUGUGCGGGAAGCAAGGAGCAAUCACACGUAUGUUACAAAUAUCAGUAAUGGACGCACACAGAAAGUCAUUGAAGGAGAUGGUAACGUGUGUAUUACAUCAUGCGCCCCCAUAGACAGCAACGUAAUAGUAUGUGGUAAGUGGAGACGAGGCUUCACGGGUGACAGCUUGGAUGGAUGCAUCACUCUCUAUGACAGGCAGUGGAAGGUGAUUAGAGACAUCAGCAUACCGACGAAUAGCUGCUAUUAUAAUGUGUACGUUGAUGUUGACAGGGAUGGGAUGAUCCUCGCUGGUCAGAGAGAUCAGUCUAAUAUCUACGUCAUCAACCCUGCUGAUGGUAAGAUAGUAAACACUAUUACGAUGCAAGGCAAGGUGAUGAUGGGUGGGAUACAAGCCUUGUCAUCAGGUGAUAUCGUUGUGAAGACAUGUGACAAAGCAUUCCCUGUCAUCUCACGAUCAGGAGAAGAGAAGGCUGUCAUACACUCUGAUGAGUGGUGCAAGUCAUGGUGUCGAGUUGACAAACUGACAGACACAGUCUACACCACAUAUGUGGAUACAGAGCGUAAUAUCUGCGCAGUUGAUCAGGUGUCAUGUGAUGGUAUUAUCGAGGCAAAGCGGAUAGUGGAAUACGAAGAUUCAUGCCACUUACUGUACUACAUUAACUCGUGCCUCGCUACUCAUUCUGGUAACCUGGUAGCUUGUGAUGGAGACAAUUUUUUUGUGUUUGAGAAGAGUUUCAUUGUGUAA